UGCAGAAACCCACCAAGGCGCCAUCUGACUACAAGAUCACAUCAAGAGGAGGGAAUCUUUGAUUCCAACUUGCAGGCGAGGCGGGUCGACCGCAGCGUGACCAAUUCUUGAGCGGAAUACGUCUUAUCUCCAGGAAAAGGAAGAACUAUUUUCCUAAUUAUCAAAUCUCUACACCAUUUCAACAUCUCGGAUUAUACACCGAACAUUUUCCACCCCAGAAAUUCAUUAUCAAAGUGAAUUUGUGCUUUUGGAUUAUCGACUCAGAUUGACUGUCCUCUAGCAUCCUGGGGAUCUAUCUGCUGAUCCUUUCCACCAGGAACAACUUAGAUGAGCUCAACCUACUAAUAACUCACCAGCGUAGUCCUGCUUUGACCGCUGGAUUACAAAACAACCUCUGAGGGUUUUCCUUUUUUGUGCAACGGGUCACCUCUGGAUUCUCCUCUGUUCACCCUUAACUUCAGUUGUUGGUCAUCUUUCAGCUUGUGUGUGAAGUCGAGCGGUGUGCGGUAAGGAGCCAUGGUGCUGCUGAAGAUGAAGUUCACCCAGCAGAGACGAGUGCGUCUGGCCCAGGGGCUGUGGCUCUUGUCAUGGAUGGCUGUGCUGUGCGGGUCCUUUGUCUUUUCGCUGGGGGUCUACCUUAAGAUAGAGCUGCUCCGUAGGGCUGAGGUGAUGGAUAACGCAGAGAUCCACGUGGUGCCCAACAUUCUGAUGCUGGUGGGCCUGGCUUCCAUCAUCACAAACUGGAUAGCCGGCCGAGUGUGCCAGGACUCUAUGGACCCGAACCGCUUCCCACGCUGGAGGGUUUUCCUCCUGGGCUGGUACGCUAUGGCUGCGCUCAUCUGUUGCCUGCUUGUCACUGUGGUGGUGCUCAGCUACGCUCUGCAGGGACGCCUGGAAGAGUCUCUGAAGGUUGGUUUGAGGAAUGGGAUCCGUUUCUACAAGGACACCGACGUUCCAGGCCGCUGUUUCCAAAAAGAAACCAUCGAUCGUCUGCAGAUGGAGUUUCGUUGCUGUGGAAACACCAACUUCAGGGAUUGGUUUGAGGUGCAGUGGGUCAGCAGCAGAUACCUGGACUAUACCUCCAAGGAUAUCAAGGAUCGCAUCCGCAGCAACAUAGACGGGCGCUAUUUGUUGGACGGUGUCCCGUUCAGCUGCUGUAACCCCGCGUCCCCUCGGCCCUGCCUGCAGUACCACCUGACAGACAACAACGCUCACUACAGCUAUGAGUUCCAGAAUGAGGAGCUCAACCUGUACAAUCGUGGCUGCAGGCAGGCUCUGAUCGACUACUACAUGGACCUGAUGAAUUCAACUGGUCCUGGCGUGCUAUCGGUCAUCUUUAUACAGAUGUCAGUCCUAUUGAGCCUGCGCUACCUGCAGACUUCGGUGGAAGGGGCAAUGGCUCAAGAGCAGCCGGAGGGUGACAGCGAGGGUUUUCUGCUGGAGAAGGGAGUGAAGGAGACUUUGGAGGAAGCCAAAGUGAAAAUCCUACUAAUGCUGAAAUAUGGCCAGGUCGACCCCAGUGCAGCCGAAGGCUCCGCCGACGGAGAAAAGGCCCCGCCAACAUCUAGCUAGAGAUUGAUUGGAUAAAAUCUGAAGCAGAAUAAUGCUGGAAGUUGGGUGCUCACCUUUACUUUACUGUACUUGGUUGGGUGUGAUUUGGCUGGUGGGCGGUAGAACACCUUUUUCAAACAUUAGGUUAACACAGCCAAAACAGCCAAAAUAACAUAAAUGGAAGGAUCUCAUGAAUGUGUGACCAUCUACCAGAGCUUCUGUUCAACAGAUGUGUAGUACUUUUUGUGCUUACUGUAUUUACAAGUUUAGUCAACAUUUUGACCUUAAUUUGAAUUUCAAGUUCAUCCAGCGUGCACUGUAUUAACACAAUUCAAUAAAACUUAAUUCAUAUAGCGGAUUAAUCAUCUCACAGCAUUCAAGUUUUUACAGAACCACAAUUGGAUGCUUUGGAUAUGAUUUUAAAGUUGCAAUACACAUGUAGCCAAAUAAAGGUAAAUAUUUUUAAUUGCUUUGUAGUGUCUGCUUGUAUUUGUACAAGAAAUAGGAAAUAAACCAACUGUGAGUUAUCUGA